CGUGUAGUUGGCGAGCGCAACAGGUAGCAGGCAACGGCGUAUUUUAAUAUUUACAAAAAAAUAAUAAUAAUACAUCCGUCGAAUUCGCCACAAUACCAUGAAGUUACUAUGCUGUUAUUCCAAUAAUACGUAAUGUUUGGAUCGAUCGAAAAUCAUCGCUAUGGAUCGUUGAUCGAGGCGAAACGAUAAAUUAUUAUUGUUCACUGGUUCGUCGUCGGAUCUACGUUUACCCACCUCGAGACGAGAGUCUUUUCGCAUGUUACUAUGGAUCCCACGACCGUACCGGACGAACACUUGCAAGACUUUGCUAAUACAACGAUAUCCAUACUCCGGCUGCCGACCAGGGAACGAUUGUCGUGUAUGCUGAACGCCAAGAAAGUCAUUCCGUCACCCGAAAACAUACCCAGAGAUUGGAGAGGGUUGUGCACCCUUUUGAAUUAUACAAUACCAUCAGGAUGUGAUCCAACCGACCCGAUUGACAAGAUAUUCAAAUUCUGUGAAGCAAAAACAACUAUAGCACAUUUUAUACAGUGUCUACAACGAAUAGACAGAUAUGACGUUGUGGAAGAAACAGAAGAAUUAAUUAUUUCUGAUGUUAAAUAUUUCAAAGAACAAUGUAGUUCUUUAGCAAAUCCAGCUCCAGCAGUAGCUCCAAAUGAUUUUGACAUCAAUAUUAUUACUUUAGAUGAUAUAAAUGCAUCCAACAAUGGUCUUCCUCUUUCGAGAUAUGAUGCAUUUUUACUGUACGAUAAGGCAGAUAUACAAUCAGCUACUGCUGUAGUAGAAAAAUUAGAAACUGAUUAUAAGCUUAAGCUAUGCUUAAAAGAUCGAGAUUUAAGACCGGGUGUUAUGUUUGAAUAUCAGUCUAUAAUAAAAUUGAUAUCCGAUCGCUGUAAUUGGUUGAUUAUUAUUGUAUCAAAUGAUUUUUCAAAAAGCCCAUGGAAUAGAUUUAUUAUGAAUUAUAUACAAUCGUUAGCCAUUGAACAACGUAUACCUAAAAUUAUUCCAUGCGUAUUUGGUGAAUGUACAUUACCUCAAGAACUUAAAUGUUAUGUUCACUUAUUUUUUAAUAAAGAUAAUCCUUUUUGUGACCCAUGGAAAAAACUAAGAAUUACUGUAUCACCUAAUAAGAGUCUAGCAUUGACCGACAGUGUGGAAGCAAAUAACAGUUACCAAAAGCUUAAAAUUGAAGAAUACACAGAUACCAGUACUACAAUUAUAGAAAAAAAUGAAGUAGUAAAAGUUUCUAGUGAAGAAAACGAUUUGAUGCCUAAAACUAAAAAUGUUUUUGAUAGAUUAGUAAAGACUGUUGGAAAUAUUUCUAUCAAAGUUGUUCCUCAAAAAUGGAGUAAAAAAAAUAAAAAAAAAGUAAAAUGUACUAGUCUAUAAUUCACUUUUCUUGUUGUUUUAAACAUAUUAUCAGAAGUUUAAAUAUUAAAUAUGUUGUGAUUUUUAUAAAGAAUUUUACCUUUAACCUUUGUUAUGUUUUUAUGUAUUAAUAUUUUAUAGAAAUGAUUGUAAUCAAAUGUUUAA